AGUUGUUUGUAGACGACAGCAGACCUCUCACAUCAUGUACAAGCUGGUGAUCCUUCUGUGCUCCGUGGCCGCCGCCCACGCCGGCUACUUGGGAGGCUACGCCGCCCCCGCCGUCGCCGUGGCGCCUGCCUUGGCCGCCCCCGCCGUUGCAGUCGCCCACGCCCCAGUGGCCGUGGCUCCCGCCGCCUCCUCGUACGCCAACACGUACCGCGUGUCGCAGACCGCCCGCCUCCUGGCCGCCCCCGCCAUCGCCGCCGCCCCUGUGGCCUACGCCGCCCCCGCCAUCCACGCCCCUGUGGCCUACGCCGCCCCUGCUCUCGCUGCUCCUCUCCUCAAAGUGCACUGAGUGAGAAGGGGCUGUGUCAGUGAUAUUCCAUACAUAAUGACUCAUCUUUAUUUAAUAAAGACAUCAUAAACCGAG